AUGAAUGCAGCCUCGAUCGCCUAUUUGAGAGAUCGAGAUCGAAGCAGAAGAUCAUCGAUAUCCGAGAAUUCUUUUCAGUCAGCUUUCCUCCGGGGCAUCACCUCAACAAAUGGAAGUGGAAAUCGAACGCCGAAACCCUCAAAACUUGGGAUAUUCACUUUAUAUCUACAGUGGAUUUACGAGAAAUCCCGCCUUCACUACUUGGUUCCAAUCAUUCUUUUGACUGGAUACUCUGUUCUUGGUGGAUACAUUUUCUACACAAUCGAACACCCAAAUGAAGUGAUUCUUAUUCAAGAAAAGAGUAACUUCAUUGAAAGAGAGAAAGAUGAACUUUUCUCAAUCGUCACUCAUAUCAGAGAACAUCUAGCUGUACUCAAUGCUUCUUAUGGGUACAACACUCGGAAGUACAACAUUCACAAAAGGAGCUAUCGACAUUGGGCGAUGAAUCGAUUGAGAACGAAUGUUUAUUGGUACACAUUGAGUAUGUAUUAUUUGACUGAACACGAAGCACACAAGGCAUUGGCAUUAAGACCGAGAAAUCCCGAGACACUUUGGAAGGAAUAUUUCUCGAAUAAUUAUGGAAGGAUACACGCUUUGAGAAAUUAUACAGAACAGUUAGCGAAGCGAUGCUGGGAGUUGGGUGAAGAGUCAUUUCUGAAUGCGACACAAGAGAAUGUGGAUGAGAAAUUGAAGAAUUUCGUGAACAACGCCACACAAAGAUUCGAAGUGUUGACCGGCCUUCAGCACGUUCUCUCACCGGUGUGGACCUUUUGGAAUGCUAUGUUCUUGGCUGUCACGACAUACACGACGAUCGGCUAUGGUAAUAUCACAGCGAAAACCCGUUUGGGUCGAUUGGCGGCAAUGGUUUAUGCGGUGAUUGGGAUCCCGUUGAUGCUCAUGAUUCUCCACAAAUUGGGAAGAAUUUGUUUGAAUUGUUUGGACAAGUUUUGGGAUUACUGUUUGAGAGCUUUUGAUUUCAUCUUUUGCACGGGAUACUCGUUCCGUCAAAAGAAUAGUGAUCAAGAUCGGAUUACAGAAAUGCCAUUGAUAUUGGCGAUUGGUGUCGCUUUCGGUUACAUGUUCUUCUGUGCCGGGAUUUUCCUUUAUUUUGAAGAAGAUUGGGAUUAUUUCAAGAGUUUCUACUUCUUCUUUUGUUCUCUAACAACGAUUGGAUACGGUGAUGUGACACCGACAAAAUCCGAGGAUAUGUUCACAAUCUUUGUCUUCAUUUUGAUUGGCCUUUCACUGGUGUCAAUGUGCAUUAAUGUGAUACAAUUGAAAUUGGAGAAACUCUUUGAAGAGAUUCUUUUGAUGUUAAUGGAAGAAUAUAGUGCCGAUCCGGAAGCGAGGCCGCUCAGAGGAGAGAGGAUUAGUAUGAUGGAUAUGUGGCGAGUGUGGAGAAGAAGAAAAGAGAGAAUGCAAAAAGAGGAAAAAGAAGGAAGGGGGAGAGCUAAAUUUGAUCUAUCGAAGGCAACAAAUGCAGCCACAGCAGCAAGAGAUGCGGCCAGUAAAGCGGGAGAGAAUUUGGCGAGGGUAUUUCCUUUCAUGAGGAGACGAGAGCGACAAGUGAUCAUUGAGCAGAUCAGUCAUCGAUUGAGACAAAAGCACAAAGCCACUCAAACGGAUAUCCCAUGGUAUUUGGCUCCGGUCUUCGAAGAGCCGUAUACAGAAACAUCUAGUCUUAGCUCUCCACCAACUCCGAGAAGACCCUCUCCUCCACCCUGGUCUCGUUUAUCUCGUUCUCCUGCUCGUGCUCAACCCGAAGUGCUUUCAGUCCUCACCUCCCUUCAACCAACGCCCUCACGAGAGGGUUCUCCUUUGCCCGCAAGUAGUAAUGGUAGUAGCAAUGAGCUUUCGGCGAUCUCUCGAUCAAUUUCGAACUCUGUACUUUCUGAGCCAAUGCCUGGGAGCUCGGUUGGCCCAGGUGGUGUUAUUUUUCCGCCAAAUUUUGAUCCAAAUCGAAGAUGGACCUUCGUUGAGACUGGAAAGGCGCCACGUGGAGCACCGCGUGGUUUGAUCGUUCCUCCGACAUUUCACUCCAGCCAGCCACACGUUCAACAACCGUCCGAGGUACAGAGGUUGAUCGCUGAAUUGGAUGCUCGAUUGCGAUCAGCUCGCGCCAUUCUUACCCCAUCACCCUACACAUCGAGCAGCAAUUCUUUUUUG